AUGAUUGUUUAACAUUAAGACAUAAAGGUAAAAUUAAUGGUUUAAUAAUUAAAAGGGGUUACUUUAAAUUGUUUAAACAGAUAUGAGGAAGCUUUAGAGUGUUAUAAUAAAUCAUUAGAGAUCAAUCCUAAUGAUUGUUUAACAUUAAGACAUAAAGGUAAAAUUAAUGGUUUAAUAAUUAAAAGGGGUUACUUUAAAUUUUUUCAAAAGAUAUGAAUAAGCUUUAGAAUGUUAUAAUAAAUCAUUAGAGUUAAACUCUAAUGAUUCUUAAACAUUUAGAGAAAAAGGUAAAACUAAUAGUUAAUAAUUACAAGGGGUUACUUUACAUUAUUUAAAUAGAUAUGUGGAAGCUUUAGAGUGUUAUAAUAAAUCAUUAGAAAUCAACCCUAAUGAUUUUAAUACAUAUACAAAUAAAGGUUUAACUAAAAUUUGAUAAUAAGUAGGGGUUACUUUAAGUUUAUUAAACAGAGAUUUUGAAGCUUUAGAGUGUUAUAAUAUAUCUUUAGAGAUUAACAAUAAUGAUUUUAUAACAUAUAGAAAUAAAGGUAUACCUCAUAUUUGGAAUAAUUAGGCGCAUCUUUACAUUUGCUAAAUAGAUAUGAAGAAGCUAUAGAGUGCUAUAAUUAAUCCAUAGAGAUAAACCCAAAUGAUCACAAUACAUAUAGAGAAUAAGGUUUAACUAGUAUUUGAUGUUUAUUAGGCAUUACUUUACAUUAUUUAAACAGAUUUGUAUAAGCUUUAGAGUGCUAUAAUAAAUCGUUAUAGAUCUACUCUAAUGAUUUCAUUAAACAUCGAGAAUAAUGUAUAAAUAAUAUUUGAUAUUAAUUAGGUGUUCAUGUAUUAAAAAGAUAUGUAGAAGCUUUAGAGUGCUAUAAUUAGUCAUAAGACCCUAAUGAUUCCUACACAUAUUUUUAUAAAGGUAUAUUUAUAUUUCGUAUUAAAAUAAUUAGGAAUGACUUUAAAAAAUUUAAAGAAAUAUACAGAAGCGAUUGAGUGUUAUUCCAAAUCAUUCAAGAUUAAUAUUAAUCUUCAUUAAGCCAAAAUACAUCUCAACAACUUAUUAGAAUACAUUUGAUUAAUUAACUGAG